AGUGCUGUGUUCCUAUUGGUUGGAAUACAGCUCGUUUAAAAUAGUCCUUGUGACGAAUGUAGUAGAUUCCAUUGCUAGCUGUCUAUCUCUCACUGUCAAGUACGGCAUGGAACGGACACUUUUGUUGUUGUUCCUGUUGACAGCCUAUACUGUCUCGGUUUGUGAAGCAUGUGGUAUACGACCAAUAGUUGAGGGAAAGAGAAUCGUCGGUGGUCGCCCGAGUGUGCCUGGCUCAUGGCCAUGGCAAGCGGCGUUACUUCUUAACGGUACACAGUACUGCGCAGGCUCACUCAUAUCACCAGAAUGGAUAGCAACCGCUGCUCACUGUUUCCAUGAUAGUUACACAUCUACCAAUCCUAAAUUCUGGAAAGUYGUUCUUGGUGAACACAAGUUGGCAGAAAAAGAGGUGUAUGAACAAACCAUUGAUGUGAAGGACAUCAUCCUUCAUCCUCUGUAUAAAUCCAUGUUUCUGGAAGGGAUCUACGACACUCCUCCAGACUUUGAUAUUGCUCUUCUUCAGUUAAAGCGCCCAGCUGUUUAUGACAGAUAUGUAUCCCCAAUCUGUCUUUUGCCCCCUGGUAAAAAGUUCCCUUGGAAGAAAACAUGCACCGUCGUUGGAUGGGGACAUACUCAGUGGAAUGGCACAAAACCAGAGGGUCUAAAUGAGGCGGAGUUGAAAUUGGUCCCUACAUGGGUUUGUAAUUAUGUACAUUCCUACAAUGGAACCGUUCAUGGAAGRGCCUUGUGCGCUGGUUUCAAGGAAGGAAUGGUCGAUUCCUGUCAGUUUGACAGUGGUGGUCCUUUGUCAUGCGAGGAAAAUGGACGUUGGUACCUAACUGGAAUAGUAUCCUGGGGACAUGAAUGUGCACGUCCCCAUAAAUACGGGGUGUAUGCCAACAUGCAGGUCAUGACWCCCUGGCUGGAAAUACAGAUGAAGCAACGCAGUGUUCUGUCGCAUAAAUGAAUACAAACCAACAAAUCAAUGUAACUAAUCCUGCUAAUAAAUAUGCAUGUAUACGAUMCAGUAGAAUCUCCAAAUAAAAGAAUUACAAACAAA